AAUCCCGAAUAUGACAUGGUCUGGAUACCCCACAAUUUGCUGCGGAAUGCCGGCCUUCUUAUGAACGUGAAUAUCGUGGCCAAACUCCAUCGUUUGGCACGACUGGCCAUCAUGGAUGAUACUCACGACGUGGACGCCAACUGCGAUGGCCCCGAUCUGGAUUUCAUCUAUGCCGAUGUGGAUAGCUAUCAGAAUGAAAUCGCCGAACUCUACAGUUACACAGAGUUCAGUGAAUUCCAAAUGAAUGUGAAAGCGUUCGAAGAUCAAAUGGAACUGUACGAUUUGCCACCGAAUUGGCAGAAACAGGAUGCCGCCUCGCAGCGGAGCAUUGUGAUGAAACUGGUCGAUCAAUUGGAGGUGUCGGAUCGAUCGUUUCGCAUGCAGGCGGCACGCUGCAUCCUUUAUCUGGCGCAAGGAUGCUGGGCCGAGGUGCAAUCGGAUGAGGAACAGCAUCAGAAUACCAGGGACAAUGUCAUCGUCCUCUAUCAGCUGGGCGUGUUCUCCUCGUUCAUUGAUUUGCUCAACAUGGAGAUCGAAACUGCCUGCUCCCCCGACAUUGUGGCGGUGAAGAUCACCAAUGUCACCCUCGUCGAUUCCACAGAUAUACGAGUCAUCCUUUCCGUAUUGUACAUCAUCACAGAGACGAUUCGCGAUGAGCGUGAGAAGGCCAGCGAGGAUUACACACAACUCGCCGAAUCCUUUGUCCAGGAGAUAAAUAGUCCACUCCCCGAUGGCGAAUUGCUUGCCGUCAAGCUGCUGGGGAUGAUUACGCGCUUCUGUAGCGGCGCUGCUCCGCAAUUUCCGAUGAAAAAGGUUGUGCUGCUGCUGUGGAAGGUGUCGCUGCUGGGCUUAGGUGGCAUGGAUGUCCUCAAGAAUCUCAAGAACGAGUACAGAGUCAAGGUCGGGCUGGAUCCGAUCACCGAGGACACGCUGGAGGUCACCAAAUGCAUGCGCGCCAGCUCACCGCCCGCAACGGCAACGGAUAUAUUGGAGAAUCAGUAUCCCAAGCGGAAUUUCAAACGGUCGCUGAUGAAGCAACGUUUCCUCGACGAACCAGAGCAGAUCGACAUGGAGAUGUCGGGCAAUGAGGGUGGCCCCAAUUCAAACAAUGGCAACUCCUCGACGGGCGGCAACAAUACAGGCAAUGGCGAGGAUGAGCUCUCCCAGUACUAUCGGCCCUUUGAUGAUCCCUCUGCUUCCACGUCGGGCAACAAUAGCAACAACAUUAGCGGUGGUAAUGGCGGCGGCGGCACACAAACAGCGAAUCCCAACAAUCAACCAAGUCUUACACAACAGACGCCGGCAAUGCCGGCCAUGCAGAUAACGGCGCGUCUGCCAUGGACGCCCAAGGUGCGCCAGAAGGACAUUGAUCAGUUCUUGGAUAUAUCGCGAAAUAAAUUCAUCGGAUACUCUCUGAUUGGGGAUCACGAAAGUCUGGCGGGUUUGCCGCAACCGAUUCACGAGGGUUUCAAGACGCUUCAGCGUCACAUGUAUGUCAGUUUAGCGGACAUGCAGAUCAAGAAGGAGGAGGAUAUUGCACGGAAUCCAAUCUCAACGCACGAGGACGAGAUCAAGCUGACGCCCGCCGAGAUCCUCUAUCAGGCCAUACUGCCUAACUUGCCGCAGUAUAUGAUUGCGCUGCUGAAAGUCUUGCUCGCCGCCUCGCCUACAUCCAAAUCGAAGACGGAGAGCAUCAACAUCAUGGCUGAUGUGCUGCCCAAGAAGAUGCCGUUGACGGCUACGCAAUCGACGAAACUAACUGUGGACAUGGGUCGCCACAAGGAGAUCAUUGUGAAGGCCGUCUCGGCAAUUAUUCUGCUCUAUCUGAAGCAUUUCAAGAUCAAUCAUGUGUAUCAGUUUGAGUUCAUGUCACAGCAUCUGGUCUUUGCCAAUUGUAUACCGUUGGUGCUCAAGUUCUUCAAUCAAACGAUUACGGAAUAUGUGAACACAAAGAAUUCGAUACCACUGCUGGAUUUCCCAUCGUGUGUGAUUGGCGAGCAACCGGAUUUGAGUGGCGAUAGUUUCGUUUAUGGCGGCGAAAUGUCCGACAAACCCUAUUCCUGGCGCAAUGUCUUCUCCUGCAUCAAUCUGCUGCGUAUCUUAAACAAGCUCAUCAAGUGGAAGCAUUCACGUGUCAUGAUGCUGGUCGUCUUCAAAUCGGCGCCGAUAUUAAAGAAGACCCUUAAGGUGCGCCAUGCCAUGAUGCAGCUGUAUGUGCUGAAGCUGUUGAAGAUGCAGACCAAGUAUUUGGGGCGUCAGUGGCGCAAAUCGAAUAUGAAGACUCUGAGUGCCAUCUAUUCGAAGGUGCGGCAUCGCCUCAACGAUGACUGGGCCUUUGGCAAUGAUCUCGAGUCGAGACCGUGGGACUUCCAGGCGGAGGAGUGCACACUGCGCGCCUGCGUCGAUCGUUUCAAUCUGCGUCGCUAUCCGGAGGCGACGCAAAAGUGUGGCGCCGGUGGCGGUGGUGGUGCUGGUGGUGGCGGUGGUGGCAACAAUGGCACUGCUGCUCAGAACGCCGAGAAUGCCCAGCAAUCGAAUAUGCACGCGGGCAACGGCAGCGGCGAUCGGGAUUCCAAUGGUUAUGGCAACAAUGGAAGCAGUGUCGGCGGUGGUGGUGGUGGUGGCACCAUCAACAGUGGUCAACAGCACCAGCAGCAGCAGCAGUUGCACGAUUAUGGCGUCGAAGGUGGCUUCCCCAGCGAUGAGAUACUCACCCAUUCAGACUUUGCCUUCUUCGGGCAUUCGGGCUGGUGGGAUCGCAAGGUGGAGCUGACGGAUUACUUUAAGGCCAACUAUGCCGUUUGGCUCGAGGAGGAGGUGUACAACAGUCAAACCGACUGGGAUGCGCUCUAAAGCUGUUGUUACUGGAUCGGAAGCAUUAACUCGGCAGCAUAUUUAAGCAUAAAGUUAUUAACAUAAUCUUAAGCAUAUAAAGUUGACAAUUGAUAUAAUCGCAACCAUCAUGUAACCAAUGCCGCAAGUCAGCCGCAAUUGCAACAAGGCCCCGGCACCAAACUUAACUCAUUCGAAAAAAAAUACGAUUGGCAAUAAAUUUUUGUGCAUGCAGCAAAUAAGACAA